CUGGGGGGUGGGUAAAUGGGUUUUGUUCCCUGGGUUGGGUGUUUUUCCUUGACUUGCUGCAUCAGGAUUGAGAGCAAACACGAAGUCACAAUCUUAGGAGGACUCAACGAAUUUGUUGUGAAGUUUUAUGGACCACAAGGAACACCCUACGAAGGUGGCGUGUGGAAAGUUCGAGUCGACCUUCCUGACAAAUACCCCUUCAAGUCCCCUUCUAUAGGAUUCAUGAAUAAAAUCUUCCAUCCCAACAUUGAUGAAGCGUCAGGAACUGUUUGUCUAGAUGUCAUCAAUCAGACCUGGACAGCUCUCUACGGUGAGUUGGGCGUUCCCUCUCUGCUGAUGAUGGCAGGCCACUUUUUUCCUUUAAUUUUGGUUUUUUUACCUGAAUUUGAACCUCCUCCCUGAGCCAAAAUCUUGAGA